CAAAGUACCUCUACAGUUGCACAGUAAUAUUCAAAAUCAUCAAAGCCAUCCGCUGGAUACAUUAGUGCUUCUUCGUCUGAACGAUUGUGACGGUACUGUCAGGGAUCUUAUACUGCUGAUCAAAAUCCGCAGGGAUGGGCAUGUUCAGUUGGGCUGCCAGCUGAAGCAUUUCCUCGCGGUUUCUAAUGGCUUUCUCACGAGCAGCAGCAGCUUCACGUGCAGGACGAUGUUUGUCUUCAUAUUCCUUCAGACGCUGUUCUUUUUUCUCCAGUCGACGAUUACGAUAGAAACCAUAACCUAAUCCAGCAAUCAGUGCAGUCCAUCGCGCCACGCGGAUCGCAGGGGAAAUCGCAGCGGGAGGCAAAAGGGGUUUUGGUGGAGGUUUCGUCGGAGGUUUCUGGGUAAUUAUCGCGGUACGCCGCGCCAAGCUCAUGCCUUCCUCCGACAUCCUGUAUACGAACACAUGUAAUCAGUAAGAACGAUACACAGCUUAAAUUUUCGGUUUACCUUGUAGGGCUCACAAUCCCUUCGAAGAAAUCAAAAAAUGUUAAGUUUUCAAAUACUACUUACUACUAUCGUAGUAUCGUCCAGUUUUAAAAAUGAUUUUUAUUUCAAUUUCCGCUACAAAUGUAAGUCGCCCAGUGGUGAUCAGCUCGUCUCGAAUCACAUGCGAAGGCGAAGUGGCUCGUACGGUGACUCUGACGAGGAUUGACGGAAUCACACUUAGUCAGCGCGACUUCGACUGGCUACUCUUUUAGCGUGAGUCGGUCGCUUUUAUUUUCGGACUUGCAAAAAAGGAUUGAUUUUCUUUUUCAUGAGGCAGAAUGCGGCGCAUUUGGGUAAACAUAAGAUGCCAUGUUUUAUGAUGCAUAUGCAAAAUAUUGUUUGUUUACAAAAUAGUCUUCUACAUCGGUAUAUAAAAGCGAUAAUUCCGUGCAAAUGCUGUGGUUGCUAUCAAGUAGUAUCAAGCCAUUUUGAAACCAAGGAGCGAAUCCGAGCGAUCGCCUCCUAUUGAGUUAUUAUUUCGUACUGGAUUUUGGAUCACCUGGAGUGCCACUCUGCCGUUUCCAGUGGAUAUUUCGUCGAAUCCAGUUGGUCGUAAACGACGAAAGCUGAUUAGGAAAAAUAACGGUGAUCUCUGGAGGAAUUACCUUGGCUCGGCGCAGUUAUUAUUGGAAAUAUUGUGCUGUAUCGCUGAUCAAUAGUAUAUUGGUGCGAUUGACGGACUGAGAGCUCUAAACGCUGAUCCUUCCUGUAUGGUUAUUGAUGUUCCGGAGGCCUGGCUGGCAGUUUGUGCACGAUCUGUCAAUAGUGUGAGAGGCACUGCAGAUAUAUUGGGCCUUCCCUGCGGUGCCGUCCUCGUUGCGUAUCCCCGAUUUUUAUCGCGAAUACCGUUGCGUUUUAUGGACGAUCUCUUCACUUGUGAUCUCUUCGGCAAAGCGCAUCGCUAAAUCCGGGAUGAAACCAGAUACAAUUGGUGAUAUUUGUUAAUCGGGAGGUGCUAGCAAUAGGUUGAUGCGGCUCUUAAUCCGAUGGAUAAUGAUUACCGAGAUCCUUAACAACUGAUAAUCGACGAUCGGUUGGACGACGCCUGCCAAGUGACGAGCAUUCCGCACGGUUUAGGCUAUGCACGGUUUUAAAGCACGACCUUCGCCAUGACGUACUUGUAUCUUCCAAUGCAGGAACGGGGCAGUAGUCCCAACGGCACGUCCCAUUUUGCGCACAGUUUUUGCCGGACACAUUUGUACAAAGGCAUUUUGGUCAUAUUAUUGUUUCUGGUGUUGUUUGAAUUCUCGUCCAUGUUCCUGUCCCCAGAAAAAUCCCCCUGGAUGCCGGCAUCAAUUUCCCGCUACACGUUGUCCCAAUGGAGUAUCCGUAAUACGAUUGUGAUUGAUCCCCGGGUGCUUUCCUGUAAUAAGAGCGGAUGUUAUGAUCAGUUUGGUAACGCCUAUGAUGUGGUUACGGAACCAGCAGCGGCCACUCACAAGGGUAACUUGACCAGUGGGAAGAACUGGACGGAUGCGUUGGUGCGCGCUGUAUCCGGGUUGUCGCAGUGUCCGUCAACACCGCCGAAACUUGUUGGUCCGGUAAAAGUUUUGCUGGAAAAGCUGUCUGAAGACGGAAUUCUAAAAUACAAUCCUGAGCUGGAGCCCGGUGGAAGAUUUCGACCAAGAGAUUGUAUGUCGCGACAUAAAGUUGCGGUUAUUCUGCCAUUUCGGGAUCGUGGCGAACAUUUACGGGUGUUUCUCAAUAAUAUGCAUCCCAUUCUUCAGCGACAACAACUGGAUUAUGGGAUUUUUGUUGUGGAGCAAUCAAGCACAGGCAAAUUCAAUCGAGGUACGCUGAUGAAUGUGGGCUACCUCGAAGCGAAAAAAUCCUAUGAAUACGACUGUUUUAUUUUCCAUGAUGUCGAUUUACUACCGGAAAAUGAUCGGAAUCUCUACUCGUGCCCUAAUCAACCGCGACACAUGUCGGUGGCCAUUGACAAAUUUAAUUAUCACUUACCGUAUAACACCAUUCUCGGAGGUGUGUCAGCCUUCACGGACAAACAGUUCUCAACCAUCAACGGAUUCCCCAAUGUGUAUUGGGGAUGGGGUGGCGAAGAUGAUGAUCUAUCUUUACGUGUGCGGAGUAGUGGUUUCAACAUAAGCCGAUAUCCGGCUGAGUUGGCACGUUAUAAAAUGAUCAAACAUGGCUCUGAUCCUUCCAAUCCGGCCAAUCCCAUCCGUUUUGAUCUGCUACGCGCCGCAGCCAAACGCUUCAGCACGGACGGAUUGUCGAAUCUCAAGUAUAAAGUAUUGGACUCCAGACUAAAGCCUUUGUACACAUGGUUACUUGUGGAUAUUAAUGCUCCUUCGUAAUGGCCGCUAGUACUUUGGCGCGCAUCCACUGUCCGAGCUGCUACCGGCAGCGCGUGAUUAUCGUUGCCUAGCGGCUUCCUAGGUACAUAAAAAUAUCCUUUGGAAGUGAAACUCGCUGUCCAAAAACGGCGUAUAUAAUGCUCAAUUGUGAAUCCGGGAAUGUUUCCCUUUCCAUGACGUACGUGGUGCGUGUAUGUACAUGAUUAUGGAAGGACUUGAAUGCCGUGAUCCAAGGAAACUCCACUGGUGGAUAUUAUGUUUUUCUUGAAUUUCCAUACCAAAGCGUUCUCAUGUUUCGACUAAAUAUGAGAUGGUCCUUUUUUUGCAUCAGUAUUUCAUUACAUGGUUCCUCUGAUUCGGUUUUGUUUCCUAAAAGAAUGUGACUAAUGAUAAUACCUGGUUGAUUAUAGAGUACAGUAAUUCGAAGUUUGGGAUUUUUUUGCGGAGCUCAAUCGCCAUAAUGUUCUAAUUUAUUAUUACUUGGCAUUUUAUGCUGAUCUGUAGUUCGGUCACCUGUUCUUGUAGUACGUACUGUACCUAAUGACGUUGCUAUGUUUUUUUUGCGAAUGAUUUUGCCUCUUUAGUGAUUUUAUUUGUCGAUAGACAAGGUUUUUGCAAUUUGAAAGUGAUAGAUAGGCAAAGAAAUUAAACAGAUUUUGCUUGAUAAG